CCGAACCCUCGCGAGAGGCCGCAGCCGCCGCUCGCGCCCGCGUUUGCCACGUUCAAAGGCGCCGGCGGUGGCGCGGGAGCGCGCAGGGCGCGCGCAGCCGGAGCGCCAUCGCUCCGCCCCCUCUAGGGGCCAUGGCCAAUCGAAGGCAAGCGUCGGCCCGCCUCGCUGGCGCGAUUGGCUGUCGGCGGGCGGGGGGGCGGGGCAGGCCCGCUCGGGGCCGCGCUGCCGGGGGCGCAGGGCGGUCGCGCGCCGCGAUCGGGUGGCGGCGGCCGCGGGUCCCUACGCGCUCCCCUACGCGCUCCCGCUCCGCCCCCUGCGCGGCCCGACAGGAGGUGCGAUGGCUUCGCGCAAGAGCUCCAGAGCCGCUGGCGGCAGCCCCAGCCCCGGCUCCAAGAGAGAGACUAAGCAUGGAGGAAGCAAGAAUGGAAAGAAAGAAGGCCUCUCUGGAAGCUCAUUUUUCACCUGGUUUAUGGUAAUUGCUUUGCUGGGAGUUUGGACAUCAGUAGCAGUUGUCUGGUUUGAACUUGUAGAUUAUGAAGAAGUUCUAGCCAAAGCAAAGGAUUUCCGUUAUAACUUGUCAGAGGUCCUACAAGGCAAGCUUGGGAUUUAUGAUGCUGAUGGAGAUGGAGAUUUUGAUGUGGAAGAUGCUAAAGUAUUGCUAGGCCUUAAAGAAAGAUCUGUCCCAGCACAGCCAACACCACCAGAAUCUGAGGAGACUGUCCAGGCUGCUGAGAAGUCCUAUGUCGAAUCAGAGCACAAGACUGCUGACGUAGAAUUGGAAGACGAAAGUCAGUCUGUUCUUCAUGAAACUCUCCAUUCCCAGCCUGGAGAGAGGCACGAAGAUGUAGAUGAAAGUAUAAGUGACCAGUGGCAAGUGAAGGAAGAAAUACAUGGAGAAACUUUUGAAGCUCCUACAACAGAUGACAUGCACAGAGAAUUAGAGAAUGAAAUACCAGAAGCAUAUGAGACACCAGACUCAAUUCAGAAAGAUGCUGAUCUUUUGGCAGAUGGUCUUGAAGCAGUGGAGUCUGAGCCCUAUGAAGUUCCAGCUUCAGAUGAUUAUGUUGUAUCUAUGGAGGGAAGAGUAAGUGAUCCAGAAGCUCCAGGUGACUCUGAGGUAGUACUAGAAGAUGCUAUGGAACAUUACACAGAACCCAAACAUGAAAAGCAGACUGAGACUCAAGAUACAGCUAUUCACGACCUUCCAGAGGAGGUGAAUGAAGCCACAGAGCCAGAUAAAGUUACUGAAGAUUUUGAUGUUGCUAAAGAUGUUUCAGUAGAAAGUAAGCAAUCAGAAGACGAUAUGGCCGUUGAACCAGAGGAAUCAGAAAUACCUGUUCAAGCUGAGGAUUAUUCAAAUGAUGUUCGAGUGGGGAAAAGUGAAAAAGAAACCGAACAAGACAAAACAGAAAAAGCUAAAAAGAAGAAGCCAAAGCUCUUAAACAAGUUUGAUAAGACCAUUAAAGCUGAACUAGAUGCUGCAGAAAAACUACGUAAAAAAGGAAAAGUUGAAGAAGCUCUAAGGGCCUUUGAAGCACUAGUGAAUCGAUAUCCACAAAGUCCUCGAGCAAGAUAUGGGAAAGCACAGUCUGAAGAUGACUUAGCUGAGAAAAUGAGAAGCAAUGAGAUGCUGCAACAAGCUAUCAACACCUAUGAUGAGGUGGUUAGUCUGCCAAAUGUCCCUUCAGAUCUGAUAAAGCUGAGCUUGAAACGAGAAGCAGACAGGCAGCAAUUCCUUGGUCGCAUGAGGGGUUCCCUGGUUACUCUACAGAAAUUAGUUCAGCUGUUUCCCAGUGAUACUUCAUUCAAGAAUGACCUUGGCGUUGGUUACCUCUUGAUAGGAGAUAACAGCAAUGCUAAGAAAGUAUAUGAAGAGGUUCUAAGUCUGGCUCCAAAUGAUGGUUUUGCCAAAGUACAUUAUGGCUUCAUCCUGAAGGCAGAAAACAAGAUAGCAGAGAGCAUACCCUAUCUACAGGAAGGACUAGAGUCGGGUGACCCUGGCACAGAUGAUGGACGUUUUUAUUUUCAUCUGGGUGAUGCCUUACAGAGAAUGGGAGACAAAGAGGCAUACAAGUGGUAUGAACUUGGAUACCAAAGAGGUCACUUUGCUUCAGUUUGGCAGCGCUCUCUCUACAAUGUCAAGGGACUGAAAGCUCAGCCUUGGUGGACAGCAAGGGAAACUGGUUAUACAGAGCUGGUGAAGUCCUUAGAGAAAAACUGGAAGCUCAUUCGGGAUGAGGGUCUUGCUGUGAUGGAUAAAAAAAGCAGCCUCUUCCUACCUGAAGAUGAGAAUCUACGAGAAAAAGGAGACUGGAGCCAGUUCACCUUAUGGCAACAAGGAAGAAAAAAUGAGAAUGCUUGUAAAAGUGUUCCGAAAACAUGUGCUUUAUUGGAAAGAUUCCCAGAAGCUACUGGCUGCAGAAGAGGGCAGAUCAAAUAUUCUAUCAUGCACCCUGGGACUCAUGUCUGGCCCCACACAGGGCCCACAAAUUGUCGUCUGAGGAUGCAUUUGGGCUUGGUGAUACCUAAGGAAGGCUGCAGAAUACGGUGUGCCCAAGAAAACAGAGCCUGGGAAGAAGGGAAAGUUCUUAUUUUUGAUGACUCUUUCGAACAUGAAGUAUGGCAGGAUGCUGAAAAUUAUCGCCUGAUAUUCAUUGUGGAUGUGUGGCACCCUGAGUUAACAGCACAACAGAGACGCACCCUUCCUGCUAUUUAAGGGGUUCCUUCUGAUAUGUGGCACAGAGGAGCUUUACCUCUUUGGAGUAUGCAAAUGGGAUUAAUUUAUCCAGCAUACGAAGUAUACGAGUAUUUUAAGGAUAAGAAAGAAUGACAUUCUACAAUCAGAGAGGACUUGGUUUAAAAAAAAAAGAAAAAAAAAGGAAAAAACUAAAAAAAAGAAGCCAUUUUUUGUUUCAUACCGAUACAGCACUGAUGUGUAUUGUUUUUCUGGCUGCAAGUUUGAAAAUAUGAAUCUUGUCAGCCAAAAAGCAAUAGAUGUGGAUUUUCAAACUGAGGAAUGUGCAGAUGGUUUUGCCAUGCCUAUAUUAUAUGUACAGAACCAGUCAGUUUGUCAUAUGCUUGACCACGUUCAGGCACAAGAUUUAUGAUUCUACAUCUAGGAAAUACUUCCCAGGCUUUUAUCUGGGAAGCAAUAUGUAAGAUAUUUGCAAACGUAUGCACACAACCGACUUUGAAAAUCAGUCUGCAGUUGUAAUGUUAGCUGCUUUAGGCUUAGAACAUGUCCCUAUGUUAUCACUGUAGAUAAUGUGAAUGGAUUAUGUGAGUUUUGUACUUUUUCUACCUGAGUAAUUGUAUUUUUCUAGCUUAAUUAUGAACAAAUCUUCUUUAAUUAACCACUAUUUUUAAAAAAAAAACACUAUAUAUACAAGUGUGUCUCUAGCUAUCUGCAGAAGGAAAACAUUAUGUAUGAACAGAUUUAAUUUUUGCUAAGUGUGGCCUUCUUUUGCCUUCCUGGAAAUGCAAAUAGAAACUUGCAUAAUCAGCUGCCUAGUGAAGCUUUGUUCUUCUAAAACAAAAUAGUUCUCUUAGUUAGCAGGCAACUUUCAGUUUGAUAAUGUGAUUUUGGAAAAUGUUGAGCAAAUGUGACAUUUGUGGCCUCAGAUUGUAAAGUGCUUGACAGUUCAUAGGAUUAUAUGGUGAGCUGCUGUUUUUCCUGUCGUUACAAAAGCUUGUGAUGUGAUAUCCUUUUUCUACUCAGCAAGAGUCUGGGGCACCUCUUUCCAGGGGCUCCUCCUUGGCUGCCCUUGACUGGUCAUUCAGCAGAAAAAAAAUAUAUGAAGAAUUUCUUGUGCUUUGGGCAGAAGGACAAGGUCUAACUUGGGUUUCCUGCCAGAAUGCAGAGCAGACAAAGAGCUUCAGGUUAUUAACUUGUAUUAACUUCUGCUGCCAGCAUCCUACAGAGUACUAGAAUGAUACUCUAAUUAACCUAAUGGUGUUUUCCUUAUUUUGAAACGUAGAACAUAAUGCUGAAUGAGUCUGAUCCCAGUACUGUUUACAGGAUGCUCUGUAUUUGCCAUACGGAAUUUACUAUAUCGUAAAAAGGCCUAUUUUCAAGAAAGAGAACUUGCUGGAUGUUUAAGAAGUUGUCAAGUCUUUGGGGUCUGUACUGUUUAAUGGGAAAUGGAGAGUGCAGGACCCUCCACUAUUAACUUCUAAGAACACUAACAGGAGAGAGAGACCAGAGGUUGCACUGUGAUGUUUAUGUCAGGCUGUGACCUACUCACUUGCAACACCAGCUGGGUGUGGACAGUUGUGCUGGGAUGCUCAGGACUCGUCCAGAGCAGUGGCAUCACUUCUGAGGGUUGUAAGAGACAAACACUAAUCAAGGAGACAUUGAAGUUACUUAGUCUCCACAGCUUUGGCUUUGUUGUCCAAAGGACACUGAACAGUCAUCUUAUUUGUGUAAUACUCAGUGGUUUAUUACUGCAGAGACUAUGUUGUGGUACCUAAAUAUUGUGACCUGAAUGCUGCAUUUGCUAAAGCAAAAUACAGAUAAGAGCUUUGCAUUCCCAUAAGCUGAAUGCUCUUCAGAUUUUGUAUUUUACUAGGUAAUUAAAUUUUGUAAUGCCAUAUAACACAUGGUGAUUACACCAUAAAUUAGUGUAACCAGUUUCUGGAAGUGUGCACUUUAAUUUCCUUUUUGAAUAGUAAACUGAUAAACCUUCUCUGAUCAAGAGUCAGUUUUAGACAGCUAAGAUAAUUAGGUUUUAAUGUGUUGUUCAUAUCAAAAAUAAUCCUGAGACUAUACACAAUGUACAAGAAAGUAACAGUUCUCAGUUAAUAAUAAUGAAAAAUGAAAAGAUUUAGAAGUUUCACACUUUAGAAAAUUAAAAGAUACUUCUGGAGUUUGUUAGGAGAAUUAUGCAAAAGUGGAAAUAAGGUACUCAUUAUUGUGAGGGUUAAAAGAGUAAAAACGUUUUUUAAAUCUCCUGGUAGUUGUUAAAUCAGAGGCUGUAUUUUAUAUCUCUGUGAAGUGAUCAAGCAGUAUAAAUUAUAAACUAUUUUCUAAUUCUCUUAAAUAAAGACAGUUUGUAAAGAAAGAAACAAAAACUUUUGAAACAAAAAUUUGUGGUUUAGGAAUAUUUUUAUUGAUAUUGCAUUUUAGUUUCUAUAGCUCAGAUUAAAUGCUAAAGGUAAAAUUUUGGAGUUUUAUUUAUGAAAAUCCAUGCCAUCCUUCAUAUUGUUUCAUUGUUCUUUUGAAGGCUUAUACUUCAUCUUUUCCAAUUGCAAUUGACAAAUAGAUAAAACUGGCAAAUAGAUAAAAGUAAUCUACCCAAGCCUUGUGUGUGCUGGAGUAGCACUGUUCAUUAGAUUGUGUAGUGAUACAUUGGCCAUUUAAAAAUCUUAAGUGCCUUUAAUAAGACAAGGUAUACUAUGAAUAGCUCCUGCAACACUGAAGUGAAUCUACUCCAUGCCUACAAGGCAGGAAGCUGAGAGCAUGUUGUUUUGUUAGGUACAGUUACUGUAUUAGCUAUAUACAUGGGGAAGAUACAUAUAGCAGACUACAGAAAUUAUGCAGUGAACAACUGGUAUAUUAUUUUAGGUAUUCCUGUUUGCCAACUGGUAUUUUGUCUUGAAAAAGCUUUUCAGCAUUGGAAGUGCCAAGAGAAGAAAUGAAUGGAAAUGCUUUUUAAAUGGAGAUCUAUUGCAAUUUAACUUUUUUUUAGUUAGGUUUAUUUACAGAAGGAAAUGGCAGACAAGGGCAAUGUAGUCUGUAAGGCAGUAUAUACUCAUCAUGAUGAUAGGAGGUGGGUUCCAUCCUGCCUGUCAUUACCUUCUUUGCACAGUCUCUAUAAAAUCCUACGGUUAAAUACAAGCUUCAUACAGUUAUAUACAAGGCAUCAGAUGUAUUUAUUCAUAUCACAGUUAUAGAAAAGAAAUAAUUCUAAUCCUUUGCAAGGUUUGAUCUUCAAGGGCUGGAUUUCAGUGAUAUUUGCACUUCUUGGACAGAACAAGACCCACUUCAAUGAACAGUGAUUGUAACAGAUCAUCACAAAGACUCAGUGGCAGUGGGGGUAACAGAGAUUACGUGUUUUUCUCUGUAUUAACAGAGAAAAAUCACAAACCAAAGUAUUUCUUCCUUAAUGCUGCAGUACACUAGCCAAUGUCUGUCUUUUUUGUCUGUUUAAGUUUUUGCUUUCUGCUUUAAGCAAGUUCUCUUUGACAAAUCCAAAUGCCUUUGAGUGUCCGUGAGCCCAGGGAAGGGAAGGGAGCUAUAUCCUUCUACUGGGACUUGACAUCCUGUAAUAGGUGGUAAUGUCAGGGGAUUGGGAAUGGAAGAAAUCCCAAAGAUAAAUGGGCUCAAUCAUCUUCUAUGUUUAAUGUUCCUGGAAGCUGCAAGCUUCUGCUUCUUUUUCUAACUCCUGUGUUGCCUUGCGUGGACCAUCCACUGCCUUAAAGACUCACUCUUUAUCAUGGAGGCCAGGCUUUGUAUCAAUAACGUGUUGCUGUAGGAGGAGGUUAGUCUGAAUGAGGUUAUUCUGUACAAAUACUGGUGCGUAAAUCCCAGGUGUGUUGAUAGGAUCUGGCAGGAUGUCCUUUCUGCCCUGUGCAGGCAUAAAAUGUUGUUGUAGAUAAAGGCAGUAUUUUGUUAGUCCAUCUGUUAAGGCUGACCAUGUCCACUUGAACUAUAUUGUCACUUCAGUGUAACACUUAAGAAUUCAGUGAAUGUUCCAGGGGCACAUUAAAAACCCUUGUGCCUAUUAUCAUCUCAUUUUGUAUGUAUGGUUUACUCUGCUACCUUUGAUAUGUUGUUGCUAACCACUUGUUCUAGUAAAUUGCCAAUAUAUGGCAAUAUAAUUGAAGAAUAAAGGUGUGUACAGUGGUUGUAACUGUUUUAGGAAAUAAAGUCACUGAACAUGCAAUUCGAUAA